AUGUAUCCGGACGCAGACAUUCGGUUGCCGAAGAAGUUCGAUCAGAAUAUGCUCGAAUCAAGGAGCAAACGAUUGCUUGACCGCUGCUCAGCUGAGUGCUCUGAAUCCUUCAAAACGCUACGAGUUGCAAGAGCCAAAUUGGCCGCUUUCAUUUAA